AUGGUACUCGACCCAAAACCGCCGGGAAACCCGCUCAGAAGAGCUCAGAAGCGAGGUUUGGCAAGCGCGCUUCGGUGUACCUUUGGGUACAAAGGUAUGCCUGAGGUGAAUCGAGCGGAGGCUGUUCGACGUGCCCGGGUCCUUGCCAAUCGACAUCGCACACCUGCUGGGGAAUAACACUCCCGCUCUACUGUGGAAGUCACCUGUCUGCUGGAGACCAGUAAAAGAUGGCACUCGCAUCCUCUCCACCGCUGCGGCUUUGCUCGAAGGUGCCCAGGUGACGACGCCAAGCGCAUUCGGAACCUACCUGCGAAACCCCCCAAAAGAAGGCCAACACCUGCUACAAGAUUCACGAGUGGUUGCAAUUCGAGUUGAAUGGAUCCGUCGCCGAACUCACAGACGCCGGGAUGCCCAACAUGUACGUCGCACACUGGGCUGACUUCGUCAGGCUCGUCAGGCUUGUGCUCGACCGCAGCCCCGCCAGCAUUGAGCGCAUCCAAACCAUCGACGAGCUCGCCGACCGGUUUGUACAAGGGCAAGAGCGUCUGUAG